AUGGCGCCUCCUACAUCAAACACAGCCCCUGUGGGCAGCGGGGAGUCGGCGCGGCCCGCUGCCAAGCCCUCGGCCGUGCACAUGCCUUCCAAAGAGCAGCUCGAAGCCAACUACAAGAUCGCCGCCACGGCCGCGGCUGGCACGCUGCACCGCGAGGUUGCCGACGCACAGUCGACGGACAUCUUGUGGGCGCUGGUGGCGCUGCGCUGGAUUGGCGCCUUUACUGUGCGCACGUUCUUCCAGCCGGACGAGUACUUCCAGGCCCUGGAGCCGGCGUGGCAGCUGGCCCAUGGCCCGGCGAGCGGCGCGUGGAUCACCUGGGAAUGGAAGCACCGGCUGCGCGCGUCGCUGCACCCGGUUCUCUUUGCGGGUGUCUAUGCCGGCCUUGAGUACGUGCUCGGCCUCAUCCACCUUGUCGGACCCCUGCGUGCCUAUGUUGUGGUGGUUGCUCCUGGUCUCGUUCAGGCCGUUUUUACCGCGACCACCGACUUCUACGUGUGGCGCCUCGCCAGCCAGCUGUACGGCCGUGGACACAACGCGGCAUGGGCUGCCUUUUGGCUCUCCGUGGCCAGCCCGUGGCAAUUUUACUGUGGUGCACGCACGUUCAGCAACGGCCUCGAGACCACGCUGACCGCUGCCGCUCUCUCCUUUUGGCCAUGGCAGCUGCUGGCCGGUGCCGUGAGCGACAAGCCCGUGAGCGAACUGUUCACCAAUGGCGGCAUCCGUCGUCUCCGUCUCUCGCUCGUCCUCGCCGCGACCGCCGUCGUUUUGCGGCCAACGAACGUUCUCAUCUGGUUGGCCUUGAUCACCGUCACUGUGACGCGCCUGACGUUGGACGGCGGCUCCACGUUCCUGGGUGCCGGCGUGGUUGGCCGUCUGCUCUUGGAGGCAAUUGGUUCCGGCAGUCUCGUGUUGGGCGUGUCGGCCCUGUCCGAUCGUCUCUUCUACGGGGCCUGGACGUUCCCGGCAUUCACAUUCCUCGACAUCAAUCUGACACAGGACGUUGCCAUUUUCUACGGCAGCAACCCCUGGCACUAUUACUUGUCGCAGGGCCUGCCCUUGCUCACCACCACUGCACUUCCCUUUGCGCUCUACGGAUUGUACGAUUCGCUUGUUGCGGUUCCUGCGACCAAAUCAACCUCGGCCAAGGCCGUCAACGCCGCCGACGGUGCGAGUGUGGACCCCACCCGCCGCGCCAAUGCACGCAAAGCGCUCUCGUUUGCCGUCGUGGCUACCGUGUCGUCGCUGUCGCUCGUCGCUCACAAGGAGGUGCGCUUCAUCUACCCACUUCUGCCGGUCCUGCUGGUGCUGGCUGCGCCGCAUGCUGCCGCAUUCUACUCCACGGUCGUCGCCACGACACCCAAAACCGCCGCCGAGGCCACGACUACCACGACGCUGCGCCACAAGCGCGUGCUCUGGGGCGCCCUGGCCGUCAACGGCCUUCUGGCCGGCUACCUGUCGCUCCUCCACCGGCCCGCGCCCUUGUCGGUGCUGACCUUCUUGCGCACCGAGUACGAGCGCAUCCACCACGACUGGCUCGAGAUCCCGCCCGGCGAGCUGCCGUCGUACGACGUAUACCCCGACUCUUUUGUCUCGGCAGCCUCUGCGUCGACAGCUUCCGAGGGUGACGGCGACGAGCUGUUUGCGCUGUUCCUGACGCCCUGCCACUCGACACCCUGGCGCUCCCACCUGGUGUACCCCGGCCUGCGCGCCCGUGCGCUGACCUGCGAGCCGCCCCUGGACACGGCGCCCAAGUCGGCGGAGCGCGCCGUGUACCUGGACGAGGCGGACCGGUUUUACGCGCCGAUCAAGGUCGAGGGUGCCAGCCUGGAGGAGCAGAGCCAGUUUCUGUCCACCGAGCUGUGGCCGCUGACGAAGGAGGCAGGCAGAAAGGGGGCGGCCCGCAGCGGUGAGAUCCCGCGGUACAUUGUCGGGUUCGAGGGCAUCGAAGGCCUGCUGAACCACUUCUUCGCAUCCGAGGACCCACUGACGGGCGGUGCGGGCCUGGGCGUGCGGACGCCGCUGCACCGUGCGUGGGUCGGAUGGAACGGGUUCUUCAACGAGGACGCUCGCCGGUCUGGCUCGCUGAUUGUGUGGGACACGGGCGUGUAUAGCAACGCGAGCCAUCCAGACUCCGAGCGUACGUACGACGAGAUGUUCCGGCCGCAGAAGCUCAUUUAA